AUGGCCAGCACUCGAGAUUCCCACUCAUACGCCUGCGAUGAGUGUCGCUUGCGAAAAUCCAAGUGUUCGAAGGAGAAGCCAGUUUGCGCUCAAUGCAAGCAGUUGGGCAAGGAGUGCAAAUACAGCCCCAAGAUAACUAGAAGUCCUCUAACGCGACAGCACCUAACCUAUGUCGAAGACCGUUUGCUCGCUUUCGAAACAGCCCUAGGGAGGCUGUUCCCGGGAGGUGAUUUGGAUGCAACGGUUCGUUCUCUAUUACACGAUCAAGAUGGCCCGAAACCCGGGUCGUCUUCCAAAUCCUCAUCCCGACAUUCGACUCCCGCUAAAACUGAGGCGGAUCGUACCGAACCAGCUCCGGAAGCCCUGCCGCAGAAGGCUGAUGGGUUUGAUUGGACUGAGAACAAAAUUACCGUUGGGGACUUAACGGAUGGCAUGGCCUCCUUAUCUAUCAAGCCUGAAGGAACUGGCUAUUUUGGUGCAUCCUCCAGUGUCGUCCCGCUUCGGGCGUUGCUGAAACAUGGGUUCGACCUGAAUUUCCCUGCUGGGUCAUCAAGGUCACACAUCGGCCCGGAAGGGGUACCUUUGAAGUCGCAACUUUUAAACACCGCGCCCUCGGGAGUUGUCGAACAGGCUUUCAUAGACGCAUUCUUUCUCAAUUACCACUCCAGUUACCCGUUCGUGCAUGAAGCUACGUUUAGGGCGCAGUUUUAUGAGCAAGCCCCGCGUCGCCAUGGCCAGGUGUGGCAAAUCCUCUUGAACACCAUAUUGGCUCUUGGGGCAUGGAGCAUUGGCGAUGACAACUCAGACCUGGAUAUUACAUUCUACCAGGAAGCUAGAAGUCAUCUACAGCAGGUGUCCGUGUUUGAGACCGGAAAUCUAACUCUCGUCCAAGCCCUCCUUCUGCUAAGCAACUAUGCGCAGAAGAGAAACAAGCCUAACACGGGCUGGAAUUUCCUGGGCUUGGCUGUGAGGAUGGCGAUGAGUCUUGGUCUUCACAAGGAGUUCCAUGGGUGGAAAAUUAGCCUUCUUCAGCGAGAGAUCCGAAGACGAUUGUGGUGGGGUGUGUUUAUGUUCGAUAGUGGUGCUGCGAAGACGUUUGGUCGACCCAUUCUGUUGCCUGAGGACAAAGUCAUGGAUGCGAAGCAUGUCAUGAAUAUUCACGACGAGGCUCUCACCUCGACGACAACAACAUUACCCGCCGAAGCUAACGGACCGACUCUCUAUUCGGGCCUCAUUGCUCAGACCAGAUUCCAUUUACUCACAAAUAGUGUCUACCAGCGCCUAAUUUCUACACCACCUUUGACGCCAGAGGAAACCUUGGGUCUUCAAAAACCGAUGGAAGAGUGGUACAACAGUCUCCCGCAUUAUUUCAAGCAACCCCCUCCGUUAUCAGAAUCAGACCCAUUUGCUUUGGUCCGCAGCCGACUCUUGUGGAGAGACUGGAACCUGAGGAUUCUGGUUUACCGGCCAAUCUUGCUUCGCUGGGCGUCUAGAAGGUGGACUCCGAACACAUCCUCUGAACAUGAGGAGGAUCCCCUUGAGGCCGAUUGCCGAAUGCUCUGUCUUCGGAAUGCACGCUUGACCAUUUCCUCAAUUACGGACUUUGUCAACAAACAUAUCUGCACGAGAAUUGGUGCAUGGUAUAUGCUAUAUUUCCUAUUCCAGGCUGGGAUUAUACCUAUAAUCCUGCUUAUGACGGAUCCUACGAGUGCAGAAGCCCCGGCCUGGCUCCAGGAUAUCGAGGCGACCAAAAGCCUCUUAAUGAACCCGUCCCUCAGUAACCACCGUCUUGCCACCCGCUAUCUAGAAGUCGUCAACCGACUCUGUUCCCCGGCAUACACGGCCUCAGUCGCCAAUGGGUCGACACAACAACCGCCGAUCAUGAUGCAGUUCUCCGACCAGCUUUUCAAUGACCCCACCAUGGGAUACAUGUUUCCGGACGUCGACCAAGAACUGAAUAUCGGGGGCAUGGAUUUCUCUGACUGGGUUAACUUUGCGCCACAAGGGGAUUUCGCCUGA